AUGCAGCAACGCGUCCAAGCUCUCGAGAGAGCUGUGCUGCAAAUCAGCCGUGGCCUUGAUCUACAUUCGGCCAACAGCCAGGGGGGCCGAAACAUCAGCGCGAGCCUAGCUGAAGCACUACGAUGCUUUCAAUUUCCGCGAACCGAAAACACGGAUCCUAGUAGCGGUGGCAUCCCGGAUCACCAUGAUAACUCCGCCAUGGAACCGACAGAUGAUGGCGACGAUGCACUAGAUUUCAUUGACGCCCCGCUGGUGGCACUCUUCAGGGCUACAAUGAAGCUUGAGAGAGAGGAACAUGGCGGCUCAGCCAGCUCCGUGGCUCGCAGCCUGAGCUCCUCGUCAAGACUCCAAGCGCUCUCCUCUGCCUUUAGUACAAUGAUGCUGAAAGAUGCUGAUUUGCGUUCUGUGCUCGACAGCACCGAGAAAUACUGGAAGCUAUGGCCCUCCUGCUAUGGCAAGAUCCAGCAUACCAACACUCUGCAAUGUGCGGGAGCUUCCGUAGCAGCAAGCAUCCUGCCCAACAUGGUCAACUCCGGAGACCCAUCGGUCAUGGCGAAGACGGCUCUUUUCCUCUCCCUCUGCAUCCAACAACUACCCGGAACCAGACCAUCAAUGACCCUGCUCUCGGCGCCCAAGUAACUACUUGCGUCAUUCAUGCGCCUAGCAGACGAUCUACUCUGCAUUUCGACUGGCGUUCGAGAGAGUCUAUUGACACCGCCGAAGCAUUGGUUCUUCAAUCAAAACUAUAUAUAAACAUGGGUAAACCUCGGAAGGCCUGGCUUUGCCUCCGUCGGGCUGCCAAUACAGCGCUGCUGCUCGGUCUCCACCGAGCAGACGAUCGUGGGAGGAGCCAGCGUGAAGAGUCCCUGUGGGCUCAAAUAUGGCAGGAUGAGAGGUUCCUGUCUCUGAGCCUAGGCCUCCCAAGCGCCAUAUCGAACCAGCACCCAUCCAUGUCCAGUAGCAAAUGUUCAUUCGACGAGAUACAUGGGCCGUUGAGGCACAGGCUCUGCCUGCUAAUAGGUGAAAUCAUUGAGCGGAACCAGGUUUCUACUCCGGACUAUUCAACAACUGUCAAGAUCGACCAAGAGCUAGAACAGUACAAGACGCUCAUGCUUGACGACUUCUGGAGCCAGCCACCUUGCCCAGACCAGCCACUCGUCGAUAUAUACCACGGCCAAAUUGCGAAGAUCUCAUACCUCCUCUGUGUGACCAUGCUGCAUAUCCCAUUCACGUUGAAGGCCCCGACGGACUGGAGAUAUGAACACGGCUGCCACUCCAUUCAGAAUGCAUCUCGGGAAGCCAUCACGAGCUACUUGCGGCUACGAGGAGUGACUCAUGCAGAGCGCAUCAUAUGUGAGGUCCUCGACUUCCAAGUUUUCUGUGCUGGGAUGAUUCUCAUGUUCGACCUACUCUCGCAUCCUCAUCGGUCUGCCGAACAGAGUAAGGACGACGAUAUCACACUCGUAGAAACACUUGCCGAAAGUCUAGAACGAACUGCCACAUUGAUGGAUGGC